CAUUGAUUAACUUCAGGGCCCAUCCAUCGUUCAUUGGCCUGGUCAGCAUCUCUUCAUAUAUACCGACCACAGUUCCGUUCUUUCCUCGCAUUCAUAUAUUGCAUUUUAUACCACCAUGUUGGUUCUUUCAUUAGCCGUGUGGCUCUCCUUUGGAUCGCUUGCACUCGCUGGUCCACUACGGGCCGAACCGCUCUCAGAUGACUUUCCUUCGUAUGAACAGAUUGUCAAGAGGCAAGACGGUGCUUGCACAAACACAGCACGCACACGAAGCUGCUGGAGCGAUGGCUACAGCAUUGCCACCGACUUCGAUGCUAAGGCCCCUCCGGCCGGAAACACUGUGACAUACAAUUUCGAGAUUACCAAUGUUACCCAGGCCAACCCAGAUGGCAGUGGCACCUCGAAAGAGAUGAUGUUGGUUAACGGCCAAUAUCCCGGUCCCACUCUACGAGCAAAGUGGGGUGAUACUGUAAUCAUCAAUGUUAAGAACAGCCUCGCGCACAACGGAACCGGUAUCCACUGGCACGGUCUUAGGCAACUGAACACUUGCCAGAACGACGGAGUUCCUGGAAUCACCGAGUGCCCAAUUGCACCCGGAAAGACCCGACAGUACAAAUGGAGGGCCACUCAGUUUGGCACAUCUUGGUACCACUCUCAUUUCUCGGCUCAAUACGGCGAUGGUGUCGUUGGUCCUAUCAUCAUCGAUGGUCCUGCCACUGCCAACUACGAUGUUGACCUUGGUGCCCUGCCUAUAACCGAUUGGUACUACAGGCCAGCUUUUACACUCAACGAGAUUGCACAGCAUUCUACGCGUGGACCUCCCACGCCUGACAAUCUCUUGGUCAACGGUACCCAUAUUAACGCGGCCAACGACAACGGACAGUAUGCCAGGAUGAACGUAGUCAAGGGAAAGAAAUACCGCAUCCGCCUCAUCAACACAGCUGUAGAUAGCACUUUCAGUGUGUCCAUGGACGGUCAUCCUUUCACCGUCUUGACAUCCGACUUUGUGCCUAUCAAGCCCUACGUUACCGACCAAUUGACCCUGCAGAUCGGUCAACGGUACGACGUAGUCAUCACUGCCAACCAAACUGUUGACAACUACUGGUUCCGUGUUGCCGUCGGAUCAUGUGGUAGCAAUGCCAUGACCACGUCUGGCAAGACACUAGGUGCUAUCCUCCACUACGACGGCGCAGCCACAACCGGCAACCCCAAGUCUACCACCACAGUCACCAUGCGUACGUCGUGCGACGAUGAGCUCUCCAGCAACCUUGUUCCCUUUGUUCCCAACACUGUGCCCAGCACCGUCAUGGGAGACGUCCAGGGCCACAAGAUGGCGAUAGAUUCCUUUGCCGACCCCGCCAAGAACAACCUCUUCCGCUGGCUCAUUGACGGCACACCGCACAUUGUAGACUGGAAUGAUCCCUCUCUCGAGACUGCUCUCGCCGGAUCCAAAGACUUUGGUCCAAACGGCAAUGUCUACACCAUGGACGGAUCUGGCUGGUACAUGUGGUGGAUCCAAUCCACUUCCAAGAUCGCACUUCCCCAUCCCAUCCAUCUCCACGGCCACGACUACUAUAUUGUUGGCCGCGGCUCUGGUACUUGGGACGGUUCCACCAACGGUCUCAACUUCAACAACCCUACGCGUCGUGACACUGCUGUGCUGCCGGCUGGUGGUUACAUGCUUAUUGCUUUCCCCGCUGAUAACCCCGGCAUGUGGAUUAUGCAUUGCCAUAUCGCGUGGCACGCUAGUCAGGGUCUCAGUCUGCAGUUCAUGGAGCGCAUGGGUGAGAUCAAGGGCAAGUUGGGCGAUACCAGCAUACUCAAGAAUGGAUGCGACGAGUGGGACUCUUACUGGGCAGAGGGAUCAGCUCCCGAUGCCGAUAGGCCGUACAACCAGACUGACUCUGGUAUCUAAGAUGCGUUUGAGAUGAAGCGUUAUGAUUUCCUUGAUGAUUAGAGCUUGGCGUUUCCUGGUUGGGCUGUAAGAAAUAUUUCCGCUUCAGUGGCAAGCUCGGGUUGGUCUUUACAUUCGACUUCUUCGUAAAUAUUACAAUGCACAAU